UUUGUUUGUCCCGAGCACGCUCAAUGUAUGCGAACGAAGACAGUAGUCAAACUCCUUUCUAUCGACCAAGUAGCAGCUUGAAUACCAUGGAACCGGCGAGUUUCGAGAAAAAUGAUACAAACGUCAACGUUACUGUUGAUAGAUAUAUUAGUCCAUUGUAUAAUCUUUCGCAAGAAGAUAGCAGCUGGAUCGUCACGAGCUCCUUUAUGAUUCUUACAAUGCAAACAGGUUUCGGAAUGUUGGAGUCCGGCUGUGUAUCUGUGAAAAAUGAAGUCAAUAUCAUGAUGAAGAAUGUGGUCGAUAUAUCUCUCGGCGGUCUGACUUACUGGAUGUUUGGAUUCGGAUUUAGCUUUGGCAUGAGUGAGCCCAACAACCCUCUAAUCGGUAUCGGAGGUCUAUUCGUAGAUCCUUCCGUCGGCGACGAAUAUAUGGGUGGGAUUUGCGCCGCAUUUUUAUUUCAAUUGAGCUUCGCCACCACUUCUACGACCAUCGUUAGCGGUGCUAUGGCAGAACGAUGUAACUUCAAGGCGUAUUGCGUCUUCUCGUUUCUGAAUACUAUCGUGUACUGCUUGCCAGCCGGAUGGGUGUGGGGUGAUCACGGUUUCCUGAACCGCAUGGGGGUCGUUGAUAUUGCUGGCUCAGGCCCGGUGCAUCUUGUCGGCGGUAUUUCAGCUCUAGCUUGCGCUAUCAUGCUCGGUCCCAGAAUAGGCAGAUACGACAACGGCAUCGAUCCCCUACCGCUCGGAUGCCCAGUCAAUGCUAUUAUGGGGCUGUUCGUGUUGUGGUGGGGCUGGUUAGCAUUCAACAGUGGUAGUACUUAUGGGGUAACUGGUGCUCAGUGGCAGUACGCCGCUCGAGCGGCUGUUGCCACGAUGAUAGCCAGUAUGGGGGGUGGUCUGGUCGGUUUGGGAUUCAGCUUGACCAAUCCGAACGGAAUUGAUAUCCUUAGCCAGAUAAACGGUGUUCUUGGGGCACUGGUGGCAGUUACCGGUGGGUGUUUCCUCUAUAAAGGCUGGGAAGCGAUGAUAGUCGGGAUGGUAGGUGGUUUUAUCACGUGUAUCGUAAUGCCAGUGUUAGACAAAAUUCACAUAGACGAUCCUGUUGGAGCAGCCGCCACUCACGGCGCAAGUGGUAUCUGGGGAGUUAUCGCGAUCGGUUUAUUUGCUGAUAAUCCAAUUCCGCUUGAUACCACAAAUGGAAGGAAGGGCUUGUUCAAAGGAGGCGGCUGGUAUCUAUUAGGAGUACAAAGCUUAUCUGUACUUUGUUUAGGGGUUUGGAGUUUUGUCAGCUCUAUCGUAUUGCUAUGGAUAAUAAAUAAAAUAAUACCAAUUAGAAUGUCAGUUUAUGAAGAAGUACUCGGAGCAGAUCUCGUAGAGCAUAGAAUACGUCAUUCACAGAUAGGUGUGAGUCGUGCCAUGUCAGCGCUUCGACCGUUUAGUAUGGAGAAGCAACUAAGGAACGUACCUCCCAUAGGCAUGAAUCCUGGUCAUGAGUUAUUUCUUGUUCAGCAUAGAAAAAAGAAAUUGGCAAAUUUUUCAAAGUCUGAUAAGCGUCACGUGUCAAAGAAGCUGGUGACGAAAAAUUCCCAGAUCAGGACGAUUGCGGACUCUUCCGCGCUAACCGCAGAAGCGAAACCGCAGUUUGCGUGGAUAGAUUAGAUUUAAAAAACGAAUACAC